AUGGCCCGGAGAGGUAAGACGGCGGUGAGGACGCUGGAAGACCUGACGCUGGACUCCGGGUAUGGUGGUGCGGCGGACUCUGUGCGCUCCUCCAACUUGUCGCUGUGCUGCUCGGAUUCGCACCCCGCGUACCCCUAUGGAGGAAGCUGCUGGCCGCACCUAACUGACUCCAUGCACAGUCGGCACAACAGCUUCGACACCGUCAACACCGUCCUAGCGGAAGACUCCGAGGUGCUGGACUGCGCGGGGCAGCAGUGCUCCCGGCUCCUGCCCGACCUUGAGGAGGUCCCCUGGAGCCUGGAGGAGGUGGAGGCACUGCUGCUGCCGCCGCCGCCGCGCCGGGAGCCGCGGGCGCCGGGCGCCGCCAGCCCCGGGAGCCGGGAUGCGGCGGCGCGGCUCUCGACGCUGGUGAGCCGGGCGCUGGUGCGCAUCGCUCGGGAGGCACAGCGACUGAGCCUCCGCUUCGCCAAGUGCACCAAGCACGAGGUGCGGAGCGCCAUGGAGAUCGUCCUGGGCUGGACGCUGGCGGCCCGCUGUACGGCAGCUGCCCUCGGCGCCCUCUCCCUCUACAACAUGAGCAGCAGCGGCGGCGACCGCUUCAGCCGCGGCAAGUCGGCCCGGUGCGGACUGGCCUUCUCCGUGGGCAAGUUCUACCGCUGGAUGGUGGACAGCCGCGUGGCCCUGCGCAUCCAUGAGCACGCCGCCAUCUACCUCACCGCCGGCACCGAGAGCCUCUUCCGCGACAUCCACGCGCGGGUGCUGGCCGGUCCCGCCGCCCCGCUCCCGCCGCCCGGCCGCCCCCCGGCCGCCGCCGCCGCCCCGGCCGAGAAGGAGAAGGAGGGCGCCGAGGCGCCCCGUUUCACCCUGGAGGCGCUGGAGCAGACGGUCAACAACGACCCCGAGCUCUGGGGCUUGCUGCAGCCCUACCAGCACCUCAUCUGCGGAAAGAACGCCAGCGGUGUUCUCUGCCUGCCGGACAGCUUGAACCUUCACAAGGACCAGCAAAGGUCAAACAAGCCCGGGGAGGUGCAGAUGUUCAGCCAGUCAGAGCUGAGGACCAUCGAACAGUCUCUACUUGCCACACGCGUGGGGAGCAUCGCUGAACUCAGUGACCUGGUGUCUCGAGCAAUGCACCACCUGCAGCCCCUCAAUGCCAAGCAGCACGGGAAUGGGACACCCAUGCACCAGAAGCAGGGAUCCUUCUACUGGGAGCCAGAGGCCCUGUACACCCUUUGCUACUUCAUGCACUGUCCACAGAUGGAGUGGGAAAACCCCAACGUGGAGCCCUCGAAAGUCACACUUCAGACUGAGAGGCCGUUCAUCGUGCUGCCUCCGCUGAUGGAGUGGAUUCGGGUGGCGGUGGCUCACGCGGGGCACCGGCGCAGUUUCUCGGUGGACAGCGAUGACGUGCGCCAGGCGGCCAGGCUCCUGCUGCCGGGAGUUGACUGCGAGCCCCGGCAGCUGAAGAUCGAUGACUGUUUCUGUGCCUCUCGGAAGCUGGAUGCAGUUGCCACCGAGGCCAAGUUCAAGCAAGACCUGGGUUUCCGGAUGCUCAACUGCGGCCGGACGGAUCUGGUUAAGCAAGCCAUAUCCCUGCUGGGGCCGGAUGGGAUCAACAGCAUGAGCGAGCAGGGCAUGACUCCACUGAUGUAUGCUUGUGUCAGGGGUGAUGAGGCUAUGGUGCAGAUGCUGCUAGAUGCUGGAGCAGAUCUGAAUGCUGAGGUUGUCAGUACUGCUCAUAAAUACCCAUCCGUCCACCCUGAGACCCGCCAUUGGACAGCUCUGACAUUUGCUGUGUUGCAUGGACAUAUUCCUGUAGUUCAGCUAUUGCUGGAUGCUGGAGCAAAGGUAGAAGGUUCCUUAGAGCAUGGAGAGGAAAAUUACUCUGAAACUCCUUUACAGCUGGCAGCAGCUGCUGGAAAUUUUGAACUGGUCAGUUUGCUGUUGGAGCGAGGAGCUGACCCCAUGAUAGGAACAAUGUACAGGAAUGGCAUUUCCAUGACUCCACAAGGUGACAUGAACUCUUUCAGUCAGGCUGCUGCACAUGGACACAGGAAUGUUUUCCGCAAGCUGCUUGCUCAGCCGGAGAAGGAGAAGAGCGAUAUCCUGUCCUUGGAGGAGAUCCUGGCUGAGGGCACGGACUUGCCCGACUCAGCAGCAGCUCCUCUCUGCGCCAGCCGCAACAGCAAGGCCAAGCUGAAGGCCCUGAAGGAAGCCAUGUACCACAGCGCCGAGCACGGCUACGUGGAUGUCACCAUCGACAUCCGGAGCAUAGGUGUUCCCUGGACGCUGCACACGUGGCUGGAGUCUCUGCGCACGUCCUUCCAGCAGCACCGACGGCCCCUCAUCCAGUGCUUGCUCAAGGAGUUCAAGUCCAUUCAGGAAGAGGAGUACACUGAGGAGCUCAUCACACAAGGGUUGCCUCUGAUGUUUGAGAUACUGAAGGCCAGCAAGUUCCGAGCAAGCCGGAGCCAGGUUAUCCACACAUGUACAUCCUGCAUUCUGCGUGUGAGAUGCGAGCGCCAGAACGAGGUGAUCAGCCAGCAGCUCUCUGUCAUUUUCACUCAUUGCUAUGGACCCUACCCAAUUCCAAAGCUCGUGGAGAUUAAGCGCAAGCAGACCUCCCGCCUGGAUCCACAUUUUCUUAACAAUAAAGAGAUGUCAGAUGUCACAUUUCUGGUGGAAGGAAGACCAUUUUAUGCACAUCGAGUGUUGCUAUUUACUGCAUCACCAAGGUUUAAAGCAUUGCUGUCUAGCAAGCCCUCAUCUGAUAGUACUUGUAUUGAGAUCAACUAUGUGAAGUACCCCAUCUUUCAGCUGGUUAUGCAGUAUCUUUAUUAUGGUGGUGCAGAGUCACUCCUGAUUAAAAAUAAUGAAAUUAUGGAGCUUCUCUCCGCUGCUAAAUUUUUCCAGCUUGAAGCUUUACAACGACACUGUGAGAUCAUUUGUGCAAAAAGCAUUAAUACAGAAAACUGUGUGGAUAUUUAUAAUCAUGCCAAGUUCCUCGGCGUCACAGAACUAUCUGCCUAUUGUGAAGGCUACUUUCUAAAGAACAUGAUGGUCCUCAUUGAAAAUGAAGCUUUCAAACAGUUGUUGUAUGACAAGAAUGGAGAAACAUCUGGUCAGAAUGUACUAGAGGACUUACAGAGGACGUUGGCCACAAGGAUUCAGUCAAUUCAUUUGUCUUCUUCAAAGGGCUCCAUUGUGUAAAGCUGAGGAAGAUGGUAACCCUCUAAUCAAAGACCCUGCAAGUUAAGUCUUCUGUUGCAGUUGCUCAAACCUGUUGCAAUUGCUUAAAUGACUACAAAAAAAGAAAAUGUAAAAAAUUCUGCGUUGCAUCCCAACAGUUCUGUUUCAGCCAAAGGUGCUGCACUGGGGCUGUGUCCCCGCCUGGAUGAGAGAAUACAGAAAACAAAGUUCCUCCCUGGUUUUGAGCAAGCUGGGUACCAGAGUAUCCAGUGAAUUGCCCUUGUACUCACAUUCUGAACACAAGCCUGUUCAUGGAGCUUGAUGCCAACAAAAGCCAGAACUCACAUCAGUGAACUGCAGAAGUCCCUGCCUGAAGAGUAGUGCUGGGGAACACCUGAAUUGACCAAUUAAUCAUUUAAGUCAGAUUUGUUCCAGUGUUAUACAGUUAAGAACUAUAUCUAUCCCAGAGUCCAUUAUCUUGUGCAUUUAAGAGAUGUAAGAGCUGUUACUGCUGUCCAGCAAAGAUCAGCUGUAUUAGAGAGUGGGUAAGACUGUUAUAGUUGAGGAAAUAUACUGGCAGAUUUUUAGGGGUGGGAACUUUUUAAACUGUUCAUAAAAAUAAUGGGGUGGCCUUGUAGUUUAAAACCCAUUUCUUAAGCUUAAAAUUUCAUUUUCAACAGAGUUGUGUUUGAGAAUCUAUGUAACAUGUUUUGGUUUUUUAAAUGGUAAAAUGUACAUUGUGUAAACACACAUGUGAUCAAGUUUUGCUUGUAUUCUUUCCUAGGGUGGUAUAAUCUUGCCUAAGAGGCUAUGGUUACACCAAAGAGGCACAUUACCCAGACUGUCUCUAAUACAGUAGUUGGGGGGGCAGGAGAACUGCAUGCUACUUGUGAUUUGGGGUUGAAAUCAAUGACAAACUCAACAACAUGCCUUUGCAUGGUAACUGUACCUGUGAAAUGUUCUGUUCGUGCUUCGUUUUGCCAAGACAAAUGCAAUGUUACUUCUUGUCAAACUUCAUUUGUGAAAUUAGCUUAUUUUUUUAUCUGGUGUGAUUGGCUGCAAUAUGAUACCCCUGGAGCUCCUUCUCGAGAUGCUGAUUUCUGUUUGUUGCAGUGAAGAGAUAACAACAGAUCUUUAAUUUAGUGAUGUGUGGAUAUUUUGCUACUGGCCAGAGAUUGUGUCUGAGUUAGACUUUUUAAAAUUAUAAUUAAAUAUGUACUGUAGAAUGAUUUCUCACUGUAUCCUGAGAAUGUAUAGGUAAUCUACAAUGCAGGGCUUGGGUAGGGUGGGGUGGGGGUGGUGUGAUUUAAAUGUCAGAUGUCAGCUUUGUUUAUUUUGCAGCAUAUUGUUAGCAAGACAAAUCUGCUAUGUGCCACAGCAUUCUGGAUGCCCUCUCUGAAAACCACAGUAAGAAGCAGGCAAAGAUGUUGCCUUCUCCAUGGCAAAAUGACAUUAAUAUAUUUAUUUUCUAGCGUGCCAUUCUAAGAAGUUUAGAAGUUUGCAUGUUAACCUCUUUUGUUGAAGCAUCUACAUCAGGUGCCCUUCCAUGUUCCAGCUUUUGAUGUGCUCAGAGAACACAGUUUUUAGCUAUCAACUCAGUAGGAAGCUGUUUCAUGACUCUGAGGUAUAAAUCCUCCCUUGUGCUUGGUCUUCUAAAGCCUCUACAGUUUCUGCAACAAAUGACAAAAUGUCUAAACUGCCACUAAUGUUGCAGAGACACUGCAUGUGAGUCAAUUAGAUCUUGUUUUCUGCAUAGUAGAUGUUCACACAAGAUGUUGUCUGGGACUUUUAAGUAAUGGCUACUUCUGAGUGAAUGUUGUGAUCAUAGAGAAGCAAGACCAUAUUUAAUACAACAGCAACACACAGAGGUGCUUGUUGUUGCUUGGUGUGCCUUCUCAUCCAUGGAAACCCAUCCUUGUAUGACAAAAACAACUAGCUAAGAGCAGGCCUUAGCCUGUAGCCUCAUGAUUUAAUACAGCAAAGUUUUUUAAAAAAUAAUAAUUGUAUUAAAUGGGAGGGAAACACUGAUAACUCCAUGCUAGUCCUUCUUCUGAGUUGAGGGUGUCUGUGGUAAAGUUCACUAGAUUUCUUUCAGCAAUAAAGGGGUUAAUAGGGCCUUUGGUGGCUGUCCAUGGGGUGGUCACCUGUUUGGGCACCCUGAGCUAAUAAAGGAAGGGACUGCAGCUAAGGAUUUAUACAGGAAUAACUUUUGCUCUUGGAAAUGCUGAUAAUCCAAACAUCACAGAUGUAUAGCUGAAGGAAACCUUAAGAAAAAAGAGUCAUAACUUUGAAUUCUUUUUUGACCAGUGGUCCCCAGGACUUUUGCCAGCAGAAAAGCCAGCCUGUGUAAACCUAGCAUUCAUUUCUCCUGGAAGCAGCCAGCAAACCUUUGUGGAUCCACAAACCAGAGUUUGGAAAUGGUGAUUUUAGUCUGCCUCUCCUGAUGUGAGGCUGGGUGAGGUCCAGCUGAGCCACGCCAGACAAUGUGCAGUUUGCAGGCUCUUCAAAAAUCCAGUCACAGGGAUCCAUGAUCUUCACCACUCUCAUAAUCAGAAGGUUUUCCUAAGAGACUUCAGAAUUUCUUCAUUGCAAGUCAAGCCACUUUUCCUUCGAGUCCUGAUUGACAGGAAAACAGAUGAUCUUGCAAGAAAGUUAUUCUAUGUAUGAAAGGAAUUACCCUCUUUACAUCACUUCUAUAGUCAUUCUUAGUUCCUUUGAUAGUGUUUUCUGAUUUUUUCUGUCAUUCCCCUCAUGGCUUCCCAUUUUCCCCAAAUUUCCAUACUUCAGCAGGAGUUUUAUACAUUAGCAAGCAAAGCAGAGAAACUGUUGCUGUGGUUUAUGUAAAGCAUAUCAGAAAAUAUAUCCCCAGAUGUUUUCUGCAAGAACAUCCCAUGUCUGACUUUGAUCUAGUCUGUUUUAUAAUUCCUUAGGGAUUCACUGCUGCCUUCCCAGGAAUUCCAUCUCUAUUUAUGCAUUUGUUUACUACACCUUUCAAAGUAUAACACUUUCAAUUUCUCCUUAUUAAAUUUGUUCUGCUCUAAUCAGGGCAAUUUCCCCACUUCAUCAAGAUCAAUUGCAAUUCUGAUCGUGUCUUCUAGCCUGUUUCAUAAUCUCCAACCUUUAUUAUAUGUGGCUUCAUGCAUGGAUUCUUCAUUCCAUUAAUCUGGGGCUGGGGGGAAGGGCUCUUGUCACUUUAAUCUAAAAAGCAGUGUGAGUUUCAGUGGGUGCCCAUGAAUACCAUCCCUAUCAGAUAAGGCUCUUUCCAACAGAGCAUUUUAUUAGCAUUUUUUUUCAGACAUGAUGUUAUCAUCUUAGAAAAUAAAAAGCUUUCUCUUCUUUUAGUCUUGUAUGAGUUGCAAUCAUUUACAAAUUUUGAGGCCAAAUAUUGCUUCCAGUUUUGGUAAAACGCAAAAACAUACAACAUCCUUAGAAAGACUUAGGAUUUUCUUUUUUAAUCAUAAUUUUCCAGCCUCUAAUGAAUGAAGUUGCUUUCCAUCUGUCAUUUUUAUACUAAUCUACUGCUGUAAUAUUUGAGGAUUUACAGGCAUUCUGUCCUUGGCAGAUCUUUCCUUAUAUCCCUACACGGUUGUCCCUUAGUUUCCAGAAUUUCCUCACAUUCCCACUUUGCUUCACGUGCUUCCAGUCUCCACACUUCCCAGGUUUUUUACUCUAGAGCCCUGCUGGAUUCCUUCCCAAGCCCAGAAGUGGUAUCUGUGUUGUCCUGAAUAGUUGAUUUUCCAAUAAUUGGCUCAAGAGCUGGGAAGAGAAAAGGAUGGGGAAUGUAGGAGGGCAAAGGUUUUGGACAUCACAGGGGAAGGCUGGCAUUCUUUUCAUUACACAUUUCAGCACUGUCUACUUGUUUCUCUGAUUUUCCCCUGAUCUAUUCCUUAGGCCUGCUGUCCUCUAAACACAGCUGGUGGCCAGAUGCUCUCUGUUCUGAAACAGGGCCAGCUUUCUAAAGGCUAAGACUGCUUUUUCCCCAGCUAAAACUUCUGCCUGCUUGGUUCCAGCUCUGGAGUAGAUUCAUAAAAAAGACAGAGGAAACAUCUCUAAAAAGGUGUGAAGGUUCAGUAGCCAGGCUCCUAUUGGCACUAAUGAGAGCUGCUUGCUGAAUCCUCCACAUGCUGCUUUGGACACUGAGCCUUUUUCCACUGAAUAUCCACUGGCUUCAUACCAAACAUUGCACAAGUCCUGGAUGGGCUGUACUGUGUGAUGUGCUGGGGGCUUUCUUAAAUUCUAGUUUUGUUUCAAGGCAUAGCAAAAUGUGCUGCUCUUUAAAGGUUAAUAAUAAAAAGGGAAGUUGUCUGUCUGCACUGAAAUAAACUGCUCUGAGGUGCUGCAGUGAUGAAAAAGAAAGGGCAUCUCUUCUUCCCAGCUGUACCUGCCUAAAAUCAGAGGAGGCUUCUGUAAACGGCAUGGAAUGCUGCCAGGUCUGUGGGGAUCCAGGCAUGCAGGACCCUCUUUAAGUGGGGUUUUUUAAUGUUAACACAUUCACGUACUCAAGAUGAGGAUUAGGCCAGCCUAGAAAACACAGCCAUUCCUAGUGCUUCUAUCUAUGGAUUAAAUCCUGGGAGAAGCUGGAAUCCUGCAGAACUAAUUGAAGUCAGUUGCACAUAUUAGGGGUCCCUUAGGAGCUGGCUCUGUCUUAAAAAUGCUGCUGAAAGAUGACAACCUGAAACUUGCAUUCACUAAAGCUGCCUCUG